AUGGAGAAUCUGAUUUGGUUGUUGAUUCAUUUUGUGAUUGUUAUAGAAUCGGGAUUAGCUGUAGGGAAAGGAAGUGCGAGUGGUUCAGGUGUGUCGUUUCAGAGAGAAGAGCAGCCUUUAGCCAAUGCUGCUGAAGCUGGUAAUGGUGCUAGUGAGAAGGCGGAUCCAUCGGCUCCUGGUGCGUUGUUUGAGGAUAAGACGCUCUCUGCUAAUGAUUCUUGGAGGAAGCUUCACUCUGACCCUUUGCUUCUUAUCAGGCAGCGUGAGCAAGAAGCUCUUGCUGGAAUCAAGAAUAACCCUAUCAAGAUGUCUCUUAUUCGCAAAUCUGUUGAAGAAAAGGGCGAAAAGCAGCAUCGUAAGGAAACUUCAUCCAGACAUCAUUCUGAUUCUGAGGGAGAUUCUGGUGAAGAGAGUGGAAGAAAACCCCAUCAUCACAGAACAUCAGUGGAUCAUGAUGAAGACUAUGAGAGACGGAGGUCAGAGUCAGAGGAUGAGUCCAAAAGAAGAGAAGGUCAGAAUAGAAAAAGGAAAACAGAGGAUUUUGACAAUGACAAGCACCCCUCAAGGGAGAAUAGAUACCACAAUAGAAGGCGGAAUGGUGGUGUCUCUAAACUAUCGGAGGAGGAAAGAGCUGCUAGAUUUAAGCAAAUGCAAAUGGAUGCAGAAGUGCAUGAGGAGCAAAGAUGGAGAAGAUUGAAGAAGGCUGAUGAAACUGAUGCAGUGGAAGCUAGUAAGAACAACAAGGUUCUGCGUCUUUAG